ACUCGCACACACUGGAUGACUUUCGAAAUGUUGUGAUGACGUAGGGCUCACCUCCCCUGUCUUGCGCAUGAAGUUGGAAGCGUGCACGGUGCCGUGCUGAAGGCAUGUGGGCAGUGUCUGAGCCGCACCAGUGUGUGUCGCGGCGCGCUAUGGCCGGCAACUUGUAGCAGCUGUGAGCGAUCGCGUGCAAAGAGACAAGAUGGGGAUGGGCAGCGAAGAUGUGCUCGUGACACUCCAAAUAUUACCUGGUUUCUUUUCAAACUGCCUCUUCCUGGCGCUGUACGAUUCCAUGGUGCUGGUGAAGCGCAUUGUUUCGCUUUUAAGUUGCUCCAAGUCCGCCGGCUCGGGAGAGCGGCGUCGCAUGUUGACAACGGCUGGGCUCCGUUCCAUCUGGAACAGUUUCUUGCUGGACGCUUACAAAAAGGUCAAACUUGGCUGUGAGGCGCCUAACUCCAAAGUGGUGAAGGUGUCAGCUAGUCCUCGGUGGAGCAAAAAGGUUACCUUGACACCCGAUGAGCAACACAGUGCGCGGGUCCGAAAUCGAGAUGAAUGCCGCCUUCUGGAUUUUGAGUCGUCAGAUCGCCCUCUGGUGGUCAACUUUGGCUCAGCCACAUGACCCCCUUUCGUCAGCCACCUGCCGGCUUUCCGGCAGUUGGUGGAAGACUUCAGUGACGUUGCUGAUUUUCUGCUGGUGUACAUCGACGAAGCUCAUCCAUCUGACGGCUGGGUGGCCCCACCUGUGGGCUCUUGCUCUUUCGACGUGCGCAAGCAUCAGAGUUUAGAAGAGAGGCUGGGAGCGGCUCGCAAGCUGAUUGAUCACUUUUCCCUGCCCCCGCAGUGUCAGCUGGUCGCUGACUGUAUGGACAACAAUGCUAAUGUGGCUUACGGUGUGUCUAACGAACGCGUGUGUAUCGUUCAACACAGGAAGGUUCGCUAUCUGGGCGGCAAAGGGCCUUUUUUUUACAAUCUGAAGGAAGUGCGGCAGUGGCUGGAACAGAGUUAUGGUAAACGGUAGAAGUCAUCAAAAGCGGGUGAAGAAGAGGAACUACAGUAUCCUGCUUUUUUUUCUCCUUAAGAUGACCUUGUUUUUUCUUAGUGUCUGAAACAUGACAAAUGAACUGACUGGAAAAAAAAACUUUCAACGCUUCGUCGUGCCGAUGACAAAAACUUCUCUGCUGCCACAACUCCUGUUGAUUCCAGAAAUUGAAGAGAGAGAAAUCAUUGAGAGAGAAAUAACAACUUUUGUUUGGACAGCUGAUUAAGGAGGGUGUAUUGGUCUUUAAAUGUGUGUUUCCAUGAUAAUUCAUUGUAAUAAUUCAUGCAUACUUUUAUGUGGGCCUUUCUUAGCUCUGUGCCAAUUCAUACAUCAGGUCUUGGCCAUAAUUGUCAACUCUUCAAACUGCACUCAGUUUUUUCCAGACCAGUUAAGACCAUGCCUGGGUUUUCUGACAAUGUCAAAUUAAAAAGUCAUUGUUCUGCAAAAUUAAAACAAAACACUCUAAAGUGAUGUAACAUUUCUGCCAAAAAAAGUGUCCUCCAAAUCAGGACACUGAUCCUCCAAAUCCUCCAAAUUUGGCAAACUUCCUUGGUUGGUCAAAUUAGGUCACUGCAAUAUUUCCCCUUUGUGUCUCCACUCACUGGCACAUUCAGAAGGAUUGUAAAUGAGCAGUUCCGCCCCAGAUUCACAAUUCCAUCUCACCGUUAUUCUGACUGUUUUCUGGGUCCACUUCUUCAGACUUUUGUUCUCGGAUGGAAAGGCCUCAUAAUUUUCGUCUUCCAACCUCUCAUAAACUUGUGAUAUGUGAAACAUCUGGAGCAACUGCUCUAUUAACUCUCUCCUAUUUCAUUCUCUGUCGCUUCAUGCAUUCUUACGAGGCUCGAAAGUUCAGCCUGUUCCCUGUCAGAGCUCCACUUUAACUUUGCUCUUUUUCUAUUCAUUACUGGUUUACUUCUCUUAGAACAGACGUUUUAAAAUCUUUUCUUAUGAUGUUGUUUACCUGUUUUCUUCCCAUUUUGUCACAUUAUUUCUGCAUAGUUCUAGUGUCGUCUAACAAAUUGUCCUAAACAGUGUGUGUGUGUGUGUGUGUAUAUAUAUAUUUCCCAAACCAACAAUGGGGAUAUAAGCAUCAUUUGAAACCAAUGUCAAUCCUUUCUCACCUCCACCUAAAAACAAACAAACAAAAAAAACCAACGUAUCACAAAAUUCAGGUUUUGAUUCAUCAUACGCAUCCUGUUUUUCCCGCAAACGUGUAGGAGCAAAGGACACUAAACGGGGGCGCGAUGAAAAUGGGCUGUUUUAACAUUCUUGCUUUACCACUUGAAGUACUCAGCAGUAAGGAGUCAUGUUUUAACAUGAAUUUGACCAAACAGAUUCAGAUCUCUCCUUCCUAUUAAAAAGCCAGGUGCACUCACGUUGGCAUUUUAAGGAUGGCGAGUGCAUGUUGCAGGGUUUCAAGUGAGGGUGGGGGGGGGGGGUUGUUGUUCAUAGAAAACAAAUGAAGAACUGGACUUCAAAGGGUUAUGCAGUAAUACCGUACUCAGUAAAUAUAAAUUGUGGGGUUAGGGUUAGUGAAUAGCUAUUCAUAGAGCGUUUAUAAUAUAAAUAGUAGAUGACAUCAUCACCAAAUGGGAAACCUUUUACAUUGCGCAUCUGGCGCCGCACACCUCGCCUCCUGCACAAAAAUGCUUUUGUCAGAUGAAGACGACACAUAAAUCACCUCGAUUGUUGACUCGCCCCACUCAAAAAGCUUGUUGAAGGAAAUGUUGUAUUUCAUCCGGUUUGUGGAUAAUAAUUCAGGGCCUUUCACGCUUGAAAUAUUCAUGUCUGUUGUUUAUGUUAAUUUAUUGGCGAAACUGCAAGUGUGCUUAAGUGGAAGCCAGCGGAAAAUUCCAUGACGGUCAUUAAGAGCAAAAUUACGGGCAACAAGACAAGUUUUGACGACUCUUUGAAUGGGUACUUUAUCUACGCAAUUACAUAUCCAUUCCAUGUUUGUUGUCUUGCCUUUUGAAACGGGUACCUUAGCAAGCUUCUUCGUCUUAAAACACGGUUUCAGUUAAAUGCGGCUUAGGCAGAAUUUUAGUGCAUAUCUGACGGUGUCUGCGAUCCGUUGUCUAGUUGGUUGAUUACUUUCCCUUUCAACUGCUCUCCCUGACAAAAAGACUUUGGCAGUGAACCAAUUUAUCAUGCCGGUCGAAGAGCUUGUUGUUGAUCUGUGUUAUGUGUUUGGGAACUGGUAUCUGUCUGGUGUGAAUAUCCACUAAUCAGAUGCUUGGUCCUCCUCCGACUGAUGAUCAAGGUGUAUGAUGAAAACCUGCGAUGAAAGAGUGUCUCACUCAGUCUCUGGUUGGAUAGUAAACCACGCCUGAUCAGUUUUAGAAGGAACUGCAUCUGUUCUUUUAUGUCGAAGCUGUAACUUUUUUGUCUCGACAAACCAUAUUUUAUCAUCUAUUUUAAUUCAUGUUCAAUACAAUCCAUUCUUGUCUAUGUUUUGUUGUUGUUUUUGAGGGAAAUAAAGCGGAAAAUAAAGCCAAAUGUA